AUGAGGAAGUACUGUGCACUACUGGCACUGGUGCCCUUGGCCAGCGUGCUGGCCAUUGGUCGCCCUCCGGCGGCCGUCUUCGAGGAUGUGUUUGAGCUGGGCCGUGCUCCGACCCCAGCCUUCCUGUCGACCAACGAAAACCGGAAUGGUAUGAAGGCGUACCUGAGGAAAAAGUACCGCCAUUUACGGGAUCCGGUUUCGCAGGCAUCGGGAAUGGCCGCCUACACGGCCGCCCACGAGCGUUACCAGAACUCGGAGGAAACCCGGAACGACCGUAUUCGGAUGGAGAACCUUCGCAAGGUAGCAGCGUCGGUGCGUACGAAGCGGCUCGAGCCGCAGCCCCAGGCGCAGCAACAACAACAUCAUCAGCGAUCGGUGAAGCAACCGAAGCGGAUCGACAUCAUCCCCCGGGAAGUGUUCAAGUUUGAGCUGGCCGAUGCGAUGGUUUUUGCGGGCUCGACGGGCAAAUCCGAUGACAGUGAGGUCAAAGCGAUCCGUACCAAGCGAUCGGGCGACACAGAUCGUGUAGAGCCGGUACCAAGGGAACUCAUACGCUUCGAGCUGGCCGAUGCGGUAAUCUCACCGAGGAAAGCGAAGCUACUCGGUGGCCCAAGAGGCCCAGUGAAUGGCACCGGCACGAUCACUGGCGAGACCGGAUUUCGCCACCGCAAUCGACGAUCGGCAAGUCCCGAUCCGCGCGAUUACGUCAAGUUCGAGCUGGAGGACGCCAAAACGCCGGAGGGCUAUACGAGUGCCGCUGCUGUGACCACCCCGAAAGCGACAGCGAAGCCUCCGGUCAACCUGCGCCAUCCGUUCUCCUCCUCGGAUAGCUACAAGCGAGGCAAAGUGUUUGAUGAGAUCGUCGAACGGCCGUCGGAGUCGGAGUCGCCGAGCGGACGCAAACGAAAGUCAAGCAGAAAGGAAAAACGGGAAAGUGUCCAACAUCCGCAGCAGCAGCAACAGCAGCAACAAGAACAGGAGGAAGCUGUUGACAUGAGCCCCGAGGAGUCGCGCCGUAUCAAGGUGCGGGGUGGUAAGAAACCGAAACAGAUCGCCAACUACGAGGAUCUUCCGCUCGGCGUGCAGAAAGCGAUCGACAUAGCGAUCAAGGAGAACGAACGGAUGAACGGCAAAGGGGUGACGGUGUCUUCGGAGACUGGUACGGUAGCACCAUCACCACCACCACCACCACCAUCGCCACCAACGACCAAGUACUUCUUUGGUGACAAAAAACCCAAAACCAAGAAACCGUACAGUACGACGACGAAAAUCACGGAGCCCAAGUUUGUGCCGAGUGCAAAGAUCGCGGAAACGAGACUCCCUUCGGUGGAGGAAGCAUCGAACGGGGAGACCGGAUUUCUGCCAAGCCAACCGAUGCCAGCAUCACCCGGUGGACAGGAUAAGGGGACAUCGAGUCAGGGCAAACAGUCGGUAGCCAGCAGCACGUUGCAGGGUAUACCGAAGGCCUGGUGGUCGUACUCGGAUCUACGGCGCCCGAAGCGAUUGUACCACAAGACGGUCCACCAGCAGCAGCAACAACCGCUGGUCAUUAGCCCACAGUACGUGAACACCUUCAAGCCAACGGGCGGUGCAGAGCAGAGUAAGGCGAAUGAUCUUUCUCCGGGCUACCGUCACCGGCAUGCUGCUACACUGUUUACGCCAAGCUCGCCUAGUGCUUCCGGGGCAGCUGCAGGAUCGCAUGAGGAGAGCGCUUCGGGAGCGUACGGGCCACAGGAGGAAGUGAUCAUUAAAGAGCGCCCCAGGAUCCAGUACGUGAUCAAGGAGAUUCCGGUGCCGGUGCAGGUGAAGCAACCGCGCACAAAGAUCACCGUUCAGCCAAGCAUUUCCAUCUCUUACGAUAAGGACAUCACGGGUCCGGGUUCGAGUGAGUCCCUUCGGGGGUAUGAUAAUCCCUACGGACCGGUUGAACUGCAGUAUGAUCAUCAGCAGCAACACCAUCCACAACAACAGCAAUACCAGCAACCUCAAUACAAGGAACCGGCCAAAUCGUUCCAAAAUAUGAAAAUCGUGAUCCCCGAUCCGAAAGAUGAAUCACGGGAACAGGAACAGUACUACGACAGUUACGAGAACUACAAUCACCGAGCGAUCGCUUCGACGCAAAGUCCUCCAACCCAUUCGAAUGAGAUCGAUACGACCGGAGGCAGUAUUGCGGCGCUUUCUGCACUGAUCGGUCAACGACCUAGUGUCCAGUUGAAGGGUCUCAAUGAACUACUGCACAUGCCCGUCCAGAUGGGCAACCAUCAGCAGCAGCAGCAACAGCAACAGCAACGACCACAAGACAGUACGGCACCGAUCACAUUCCCCGAGUCCACCACACCGGCACCAAAGAUGUCACGGCCCGGUUACCGGUCGGUGCAGAUCGAGAAUGGACCAAAGAUCGUGUACGACGAUAGCCUUUACCAUACCGUGCAGAUGAAUCCACAGCUCCAGGUUCCGAUGAGUAAGGAGUACACACCGAUCAGUGAGGUCGUGUCGGAUGUGGCGGAUGCGGAUUUGAUCGGACCAACGAUUGCCCCUCCAACACACGCCACCUACGUUAUCGAUACGGGCAAAUCGACACCGGCACCGAUCGAGGAACAUCACGCAGAAUUCCAGGACGAGGCUGAAGCUCACGAAGGACACGAGACGAACGCGUACCGACACAUCAACGUCCACAGUACACCGGCACCGCCACACCACCAUCAUCCAGAGUCCAUCUCACAUCAUUAUCAGGAGCAGCAUCAUCACCACCAUCACCACCAUGAUGGUGCCUCUGACGAACACUACGAUGACUCGGAAGGAUACGCCUUCGGGUAUCGAGUGCGUGAUUUCCACACCGGAAAUGAUUUCGGUCACGUUCAGAACCACGAUAACGGGGUGACACGUGGUGAGUACCACAUACUGCUGCCGGAUGGGCGCGUCCAGAACGUACGGUAUACGGCCGACGAGAAAGGAUUCCACGCUGACGUCACCUACGAGAGUGUACAUCCGGCACCGCACCAGCAUUAA